GGAAUUUCCAGUGGGGAAGGAAACCGACUUUAUGAACAACUGAGACAAACUCGGCGUCACCUGCGGGGGCUCUGCCGCUCGUGAGCGACAUAUCGAUCUGUUCACUCGGAUCAGAGAAAAUUAUUGCCUCUUUAUCAACUGUAAUGACACGGCCGCGUCGCGUCAUGACGCACUCCAGUUAAAGCUAGUUGUAAAUGGAUCCGCUGGUUCUGCAUGGGCACGGUGAAGUGGACUGAGGACCGUCACUCGUAGUUCACGUUGAGAAUCCGACUUUUAACCUGACCGAGCUUAAACCAGACACCAUGGCUGGAGAAGACCACUACCACCAGAUUUUUGACAACAUAAUGUUGGAGCCAUCGUGGGACUUCCCGCAUUUUCCUGCGAUGUCUCAGACGACAUCCCUGCAAACAGUGGACGGGCCCUUCCUGCAGAUCGUGGAGCAGCCCAAACAGCGUGGCUUCAGGUUCAGGUACGGCUGCGAAGGUCCGUCUCACGGCGGUCUGCCCGGAGCCUCCAGUGAGAAGAACAGGAAGACCUACCCGACCGUCAAGAUCAGUAACUACCAGGGUCCGUCCCGGGUGGUGGUGCAGCUGGUGACGGCGCUGACCCCCCUCCCUCAGCUUCACGCUCACAGUCUGGUGGGAAAACAGUGCGACAAAGGGAUCUGCAUCGCCGACCUGCAGCCCAAAGACUCCAACAUCAGUUUUCCGAACCUCGGCAUCCUCCACGUGACGAAGAAGAACGUGGCGAAGACUCUGGAGGAGAGGAUGAUCGAGGCCUACAGGAUGGGAUACAACUGCGGAGUCUCCAUCCACCCCGAGAUCGACGCCGUGCAGGGGGAAGUCCGGGUCCCCCGAGACCUCACCGAGCACCAGCGCAGCGUGAUCAGCAGCGUGGCUGCUCUUCAGGCUAAAGAAAUGGACCUCAGCGUGGUCCGGCUCAUGUUCACGGCGUUCCUCCCCGACAGCGACGGAGGUUUCUCCAGACGACUCGAGCCCGUCGUCUCCGAGCCGAUCUACGACAGCAAGGCUCCGAACGCCUCCAACCUGAAGAUUGUGAGGAUGGACCGAACUGCUGGCUGCGUGACCGGAGGAGAGGAGGUCUACCUGCUCUGUGACAAAGUCCAGAAAGAUGACAUCCAGGUUCGGUUCUACGAAGAAGACGACUCGGGGUUGACCUGGGAGGCUCUGGGAGAUUUCUCCCCGACAGAUGUUCACAGACAGUUCGCCAUCGUGUUCAAGACUCCGAAGUACCGAGACCAGAACCUGCAGAAGCCGACGUCUGUGUUCGUCCAGCUGAAGAGGAAGUCCGACAACGAGACGAGCGAGCCUAAGCCCUUCACCUACCACCCUCAGAUCAUAGACAAGGAGGAGGUGCAGAGGAAGAGACAGAAGACGUUGCCAAACUUUCAGGACUUCAGCGGUCAUGGAGGAGGAGGAGGAGGAGGUGGUGGUGGUCUGUACCGAGGAGGAGGAGGAGGAGGAGGAGGUCCUGCUACAGGAGGAGGACCUGGCUCUGCAGGAGGAGGAGGAGCUUACUUCCAGGGCUUCACUACCUACAAUUAUGGAGGAGGAGGCUUCUCCACAGGAUACUCGGCUGGUCUGGGAGGAGGAGGCAUCAAACACGCCUCCCAGGGCGACGCAGCAGACGACAGCGAUCCAGACGAUGACUCGGGGUCAGGGGUCGUGCUGAGAGCUUCAGCCCAGCCAGGAGGCCUGGAGGUGGGGGAGAGGACGGAGGAGGGAGGGGUCAGUGUGGAGCCAGAACCACACGGAGAUGAGCGGUUGGUUAUCAGCAGACAGCUGGAGGCGCUCUUUCAGUACUCAGUUACAGGAGAUUCAGCGUACCUGCUGGCUCUACAGCGCCCCCUGAUCGACGCACAGGACGAGGACGGAGACACCGGGCUCCAUCUGGCGGUUCUCCACAGCCAGCAGGAGGCGCUGAAGAGUCUGACUCAGGUUGCCUCUGCUCUGCCUGGACAGGAAGUGCUCAACAUGAGGAACCACCUGUACCAGACUCCUUUGCACCUGGCUGUGAUCACCCAGCAGAGGGAGGCGGUGGAAGCGCUGCUAUUGGCCGGCGCCGACCCAACUCUGACAGAUCGUCAUGGCAACACGGUGCUCCACCUGGCGUCCCAGCUGGAAGGAGGAGGGAUGGUCCAGUUUCUACUACAGCACAGAGAGCUGAGAGAGCUGCUGUACCACACCAACACAGCAGGUCUGUGUGCGAUCCACCUGGCGGUUCUGGCCAAUCAGCUGUCUUCUCUCAGGGAGCUGCUGGAGGGCGGGGCUAACGUGGAGGCUCAGGAGCGCAGCUGUGGACGGACCGCCCUUCACCUCGCCACCGAGGCUGACAACGUGUCGCUGGCCGGCUGCCUGCUGCUGGAGGGAAACGCCAACGUGGACUGCUGCACCUUCAACGGCUCCACCCCCCUCCACAUCGCUGCAGGGCGGGGCUCCAUCAAGCUAACAGCUCUCCUGAUGGCUGCAGGCGCAGACCCUCAUAAGGAGAACUUCGAGCCGCUGUUCUUCAAGGAGGAGGAGUGCUGUGAUGAAGAGAGGGAGGAUGAGGAUGAAGAUGAAGGCUACAUCCCAGGAACCACUCCGCUCAACAUGGCCGCCACCACUCAGGUGUUGGAGCUUCUGAACGGUAAACAGUACGAACCAACAUCUCCACCGAGAGCUUUCAUCCCUCCUCAAGGCGACCUGGCGAGCCUGGACACGGAGGUGAAGCAGGAAGUGUGUCGCGCUCUGGAGAGUGAAGGAUGCUGGGAGAAUCUGGCUCACAGUCUGGGUCUCGGGAUCCUCAAAGUGGCCUUCAGACUGAGCCCCUCCCCCGCCAAAACACUGCUGGACAGCUACGAGGUUUCAGGCGGGACAGUCCGGGAUCUGUUGGCUGGCCUGAGGUCAGUGGGAGAGUGCAGAGCGCUGAGCGUCCUGGAGGAGGCGCUGCGUCACCUCGACGACAUGGACGCGCAGACGGCCAACGAGACGCGCGGCGAGUCUCCGUGCGCUCAGGUUCAGGAUCUGAAGGCGGACGUUCGGAUCGACAGCGGGGUGUGCGACAGCGGGGUGGAGCUCUCCACGGCGUAGCGAUCUCAUUGGUCCGUCUCCAGCUGGUUUCCGUCAGAACAACAGAAACAACACUCCUCCUCUUCGCGAAUGUUUCUCUUCACAAAACAUUUUAAGCUGUUUUUAAUAAAAAAUGUGUCAAACUGUUUUUAUUUUAUUUUUUUUUUUUAAGAGACAGAAAACACGUUUGUGUGUAAACGUCGCAGCAGUUCGGCUGAUCUGAACUUCCAAAAAGAUCGAUGUGAAAAGGAAAACUAAAAAAUAAUUCCCCCGUCGCUUGUUCUGCUGGCUUUUAGGACUUCCAGCAGCCGCCUGGUGUCCGCAGGAGGACAGGCGCUACUAAUACCGCGGCUGAGAUGCGUCUCAAUACGACGCGUCCGUGUGACUCGCGUCGUAUUGAGACAGGCGUCAUCUGAAACUGUCCCGUAAGCGUUUAAAGAUUGAGUUUUUAAAAAUCUGUUCAGUGUGUUUUUUUAUUUUAUUUUUUUAUUAUAAAGGGCCAUUUGUUUUCUGUCCGUCUCACCACUGAAAACCUUUUUUUUUUUUAAAAAAAACUAAAAAAAAAACUUUUAUAAAACUUGAACAGCAAAAGUGAACUUCAUGAACUUGUUUUUAAAAAAAAAAAAAAAAUAUCAAAAAGAGAUAAAUGGCCACAGUGCAAGGCAUUGUGGGAAAGGAAGUCCAGAGCUGUGAGGAGUUGUUGUUUUUUCUCCGUAUGAAACCAAAGCUUCUCUGAUAUUUAUGUCUUUGCUCUGCACUGUACAGUUCAACACGAGCUUUUCAUUGGUUGUAUUGUUAUUUUUUAAAUAAAGUUGUUUUUUUUAUAUAUAUGUAUAUAUA